AGCUUUAUUGAAUAAAUAGGCGCUUUGUUAAGGCAUUUAUUAUUCUUUUACUACUAAAGUAAUAUCGUACCGGUGUAAAAGAACUUCAUUCGUGAUAAAACUUUGAGCGCAUCACCAUGGAGUACUUGAUACCAUUUCUUCUGACGGCUCAGUAUGCAGUUAACGACCUGAGCACCUACUACAUGCCGGAGUACCAAUUCAAGUUCACCAAGAGCUGGGAAAGAACGUUCGAAAAUGGAACUAUCGGGCACGGGAACGUAGUGACAGUUUUAAGAUGCCAAAAUUCCUCGAUGACAAGCAUCAUCUGUGCAGUGAAAAAUUGUCAAUUGAGAACCUACACGGAAGUUCCCGACGGCACUACAAAACCGGAAAACCCAAAGUACGUUCAGGACAUGGGAGAAAACAACGAACUGGGUCGGCCAUUUGAGAUUGUCUUUGAUCAAAAUGGCGUCAAGCAACUGGUGACGGAUCGCCGAACUACAGAAGUUACCCACGGAUCUUGGUGGGAGAUCGCGAACCGCUUCAACGUUCUGUGGGUGAAAAACCUCGAAUUAGACGAUCACUUGAUCUCUAAGUCGGAAAGUACUAUUUACGGAAAGUGCCUCGCGACGAUCAAAGCAAAGGAAGAUAAGCUGAGAGAUUAUUUUGGGAAAUCAGACGGGUUCAAGAUUGAUAUCGAAAAGGGGUUUCAAGGAAUGCAGUUCUUAUACGAGAAAACACGAGAUACUAGCUCAUGCGAGGAAAGAAUAAAAGUCCUAGGAAGUCGUAGUAACUUCUUCGUGGUUGCUUUACUGGAAGUUGCUAAGUCGAGGGUUAUUUUGUCAGAGACUGAGUUUUUUUCUAUGUAUGAAGAUCAAGUGACUUAUUUGUUAAUGGGAAAAACUAAGAUAGUAAACCAUCAUAAAAUGAACAUGGUUCUUACUGGAAUUGAACAGGCUGUAGAUAAAAUUACGCCUGUUAAAAAUCCUGCUAUUAAAUUGUUUAAACCUGAGUGAAAUUCAUGCAGAAAAAAAAAUUUACUUUAAUCAAAGAAAUGAUUUUGAAGAAAUUUUUCUUGGUUUAAGGGGUUAGGGGUAGUCAGAAUUUUUCAGUUAUUCGACAAAUAACAAAAGGCGCUCAAGUACUCCAGAACGCUAUAGAGCAGAUAGCUCUCGAGAGUGUAAAAUUUUAAAUGCGUUUUUCUCAAAACUAUGUUUUCUGAGCUGGUGAUUACUGUAACUCGAAAGUAGGGAUGGGCGAUAUACAUCGAUGUUUCGACUAUCGUUGUUUUUUCCGGGAAACAUCGAUUUUUUUUGGAAUCGAAACAUCGAUGGUCGAUGUAGAAUAAUGAACCAUCGACAUCGAAAUAAAUUUCUACUAGAAAUUUUUUAGCGCGCGCUAAAAAUUUAAAAAAAAAUCGUAAAAAUUACAGUUAUAAAUAUGGGAAAAAAAUAUAUUAAACACAAUUGUUAAUGACUUGCAAGAGCAUUUUCAUAGCUGGAAUAUGAUCUUAGAAUUCAAAAAUAACGAAAUGUCCAUAUUUUCGAAUUUCAGACUGUCGUUCGAUUGUAUCGAAUUUUUUUAAUCUUUAAAUGACCUACACAGGUUUAAUAGAUUUUUUCUCUUAUUUAUAACUUUAAUUU